AUGUUGGCUGAGAUGACAGGCUGUCAACUGACCUCGCUCAGUGAAGCCAGCAGCAGCAACCAACACAAGAAGAACAGGGAGUCACAGGUCCCAGAGAACCUGUUUGGUUCCAGCUGGUACCAUCCUUGCCGGGAGAACCAUCAAGCCAAACGGGCCAGGGUGGAGAACAUACUCCAGCGCAUGGCUGGAACACCUCCUAUGUUUAUGAGAGACGGCGGAAAUGUCAGGCAACCCGCCGUUAACGGUGUGGGGAGCAGCAGUGAAGAGAACUGGCCUGGACUGGACUUCAGCCAGAGCAGAGUCGACUUUCUGUUACCCCCUGGAGUGGUCCACCAGACCAGGGAGGCCCCAGAGUAUACACAUGCGUUGCAGGCAAACCACCAGAGGGAUCAAUCUACACAAAUCUAUAUCAAGGCCCCUGAGGAAGAGUGCCCACAAAGCACUGCUCUGACUAGAGUGGUAAAGCACGAGCAUGAAGAUUCUCACAGACCUCCAAUAUCACAAAUAUCACCAGUCGUGCCCAUUCUAACAAGUUCCCCAAGUGGCUUGAGGCCUUGUGUGAAAACUGGGGAGCAAAGGCACAGGAGUGAUGUCAAGAAGACACAGAGUGGGCCUGUGGCCCUCGACACAGACUCAGAGCUGCUGGACCUUCUCAAGUCAGAGCUGUCCAGGGCUGUAAGCACGAGUGUUGAUUUGGUCUUUGAGAAAAUGGCGCACUGUCUUUCGAAAGCACCCCACCAAAAUGAAAAAAAUAAACUUAAAGAUGAAACGCCAUUCGAGCAUAGACCGUCUCUCGAUAUCACAGAGCCUUCACAAUCAAACAUUCAGACUGAGGCUUUGUCACUGGUCCUUCAAAAGCCCCUUCAGCAGGACAUUUCGAGCAAAGUGGCCCUGAUGAGGACGAGUUUUCCAGAGACUAACAGCAGUCAUGGUCCACCCUCUCAAUCAAAACAAAACAACCUUCUUGUGGACCCAGAGCUGCAACAACACAGCCCUUCUAACGCUCUGGAAAGGUUUUCUUGUCGUUACAACGCGAGUCCGUCUUCAUUGGACUUCGCUGCUCACUCGCGGGAAUUGAUAAAGGUAACUUCGAGAGGAAUGUCCCACUGCAUGACCCAACAGGCACAGCUGCUGCCUAUGAGCCACUUGGCCUUUGACAGCCUCAGCUUUCCUAACAUCAAGAGGGAGACUCCAGGUGUGGCAGAGAGCACCUCAUUUCUGCCUCUCAAUAUAUCCUUUGAUAAUUCAGAGCCAGAGGAGGGGUUCACUCCAGGACACCUGAAGAAAGCCAAGCUAAUGUUCUUCUAUACACGAUACCCUAGUUCUAAUGUGCUGAAAACCUUCUUUCCAGAUGUAAAGUUUACCCGCUGCAUCACGUCCCAGCUGAUCAAGUGGUUUAGUAACUUCCGGGAGUUCUACUACAUCCAGAUGGAGAAGUAUGCGCGGCACGCCGUGGCGGAGGAUGAGGAUGAGGAUGAAGGGGUGAUCCACACCAGGGGCCUCACCGUGCACCGGGACUCCCAGCUCUUCAGGACACUGAACACACAUUACAACAAAGCCAAUGACUUCCAGGUUCCAGAUCGGUUCCUUGAGGUUGUGGAAAUAACACUGAAAGAGUUCUACACGGCCAUCUCCCUGUCCAGAGACCGGGACCCUUCUUGGAAGAAGGCCAUCUACAAGGUCAUUUGUAAACUUGACAGUGAAGUCCCAGCCAUCUUUAAAUCUCCUUUGUUCACACAGUAGUGUUCGUUGAGAUCAGGACUGACAGCACAAGAAUCACAAUGCAGGUAGUUCAGUUAACUGUAAAUGUUGAAAGUGAAUGAAUUAGCUCAGGCAUGUUUGUAUGCAUGUAUGUUAAAUGUACCAUCUUAUUGUCAAUAUUGUAGUGAAUGUAUGGCCAUGUACCUGGCAGAUGUACAGAAUACAGUGAAAUAUGUAGUGCUAAUACUUUCAGUUAUUGUAACAAAAGUAACAUGGUUGAAUGUCAUAUUCUGAUCACAUUAUAGGUCUGCAUCUGAGUUACUUACCUUUGAACACUAACAAACGAUUAACUGUUCCAAGUAAACAUCUUCUUGCAGCAUGUUCAGUAUAAUUUCUUAUUCACUGUGCCACGUUGCAACUAUGUGGUAAAACUCUAGUCUCUCAGAGGUCAAAGUUGUUUUUAAACUGAAAAUGCAGAACUGUUGCAACACAGAAAGCAAGUAGCAAGACAUGAAACAGCCUUCCAAGGUCUGUGUAUGAUUUUUGAUCACUGGUGGUUGAUACAAAUAUACAAAGACCGUUAUUCCAUUGCGCUGAUUGAUCUGCAUACUUGUUUGAAAUCUCCUGUGCAUCCAUUGUGCUGAUUGAUCGGCAUACUAGUUUGAAAUCUCUUAUGCAUCAGAGGGCACUGUUUUAGAAUUAGGUAGUGAAAUGACUUAAUUUGGUAGCAUCAUUCAAUAUGCAGUUUAUGUGACUACAAUCAGGGGUGGAGUAAUUAACAGGCCUCCCUCGGCCUGGACAACUUGUCCACCUCUCCAAUACCAGCUACACAAUGACCACAAUCCCCUCUCCCAAUGGGUUUCAUGUGCCAGGUAGUAUGGGGUCCUUUGGGCCCCCCACCAAAGGACAUUAAGGCCAACGACAAUUCCCUCCCCAGGGGAAUCUCAUACCGGUAUGUUAAUAUAUGACCACACCAAUAAACAUCCGUUUCUAACGUUAAUUGAAGCACAUGUCAAUUUUGCAGCAAAGCAGCUUGCCAGUUCCUCUCUGAACUCAUUUCACCAGUAACGUGAAGUAACUGUAGAUUUAGCUAUAAGACGGUCUGUUGUGU